GCUCCUCGCCUGGCUGCGGGGGAGCUCCUACAAGACAGGGAUCCGGACACUCUGGAGCGGUUCCCCAACAUCCUUGCCAUGAGGGAGGCGAAGAUCAUGGAUUGGAUGUUUAUUUCUGACCAGAUGUACAACUUCUCGUCUCACAUUGCUUGCAGAGAGUUCUUCCUCGACCCGGCUGUGGUGCUGGAGAGGCUCCAACAAACUUUUGGGCUGGCGAGGAGGAGCCCUGGAGGCGGCUGGGACCUGUCGCAGUGCGAGAUGGUGCACGGAGUGUCGUUUUGCAAGAACAGCAAGGGGAAGAAGGUAGCCUCGGACUGGAACGAGGCGAAGAUGGUGGAGAAGAGAAACUUCUACCUGUCGGGCAAGUUCAUGCAGGACUUCACUCAGGACGCCCUUGACAUCGCCAACGCAUGGCUGAGCCCUGACCUGGAGGCCGCGCUGGGCUACGAGCUCGUCAACGACCUCACCUUGGCUUCUGCUCCUUACGAUCCUAUCAGCCGGUGCACCGUGCAUCGACCGUACAACGCUCCCAUGUCCGCAGCAUGUCUCACAGAGUUCAAGCACAAGGCAGAGGCGGCGAGCAGGUAAGAGGCUGCUAGCAGAGCCCUCUUGUAGCCUGUUCUCUCCUCCCUCCUGCCGUCCUGCCAGGCUGUUUGCUGCUCUUCCCCCCCUCCCCCCCUCCCCUCCCACCAAUGCCAUGGCGCCUUAAAAAAAAAAUUAAUUUCCG